AUGGUUCCCUAUCCAAUUCCACCUAAACAUUUGAUGGAUCCUAUUAGUGCAGAGCAACUGGCUGGGUUUAGGAAGAUGGUAAGAAGGCUUCCUCAAAAGAUCUCAUUUAAACAUGCUUGGGAGACUCGGCCAUUGCAUAUGUUCUUCAAAAAUUGCAGAGAAUCCCGGGAGGAAAUUAAGGCACUCUUUACUGAAGCACUGAAACCAUCGCUGAAGGUACUGCCUAAGGUUGAUGACCCUGGAAAGUUUGUUUUUCCUUGUUCCAUUGUUGAAGUAGAGUUCAAGGAAGCUCUUUGUGAUUAUGGGUCUAGUGUGAACCUUGUCUCAAAAGAGAUUGUAGACGAGCUGGGCAUUGUUGAUGUUGAGCCUUCUCAGGUGAAUCUGGCCUUUGCAAACUCUUCCAUGACAGUCCUUUAUGGAACCAUUCGCAAUCUUCAUGCCCAUGUUGGGGACUGUGUGCUCCAUACCGAAUUUCAAGUUGUUGAGAUGAGGAACGAUCAUGAGAUGCCUUUGAUCUUUGGAAGAACAUUUAUGGCUACAGUGGGAGCAAUCAUCGACAUGCCUAAUAAGAGAGUCUCAUUCUCCAACAUCAACAAGAAGGUUUUCUACAAGGCUGCCCCAACCAUAUCACAAAUCCGAUACGCCUCCUGCUUCUCAGUGGUUAGUGGAGAACAGCUGGAAAUUGUUCCUAAGAAGAAGCUUGGUAAAAAGGGUGAGAUCAAAGAAGUCCUGGAUGGAGAUCCUCACAUUGAUACCAAGAAACUUAGUGGGAAUGUAAAGCUGAAUGAAAAAGUCCCGAAGAAAAGGGUCAAGGGUGAUCCUAUGAUGACUUUGAUACCUCGCUUGUGUGAUGAAAAAUCCAUUGAGUAUGAGGUAAAGUGUAAGGGUACCUCUAAACCUUUCUCCAAAGUCAGAGUAAUUCUCACACAUGAACUGCAAGAGAAAGGAGAAGCUGCUGUGAAAGGGUUGUUGAGUAGAGUUUUGAAGCUGAACAUGUCUGAUUUUGGAGCUUGUUGUGGAACAAGCCCUCAUGCUCAACCCGACUGA